GUUGAGGGCACAACUCGUUUCAUAUCCCUCACUCGUCCCUAUGAGAGAGAGAGAGAGAGAGAUGAUGAUGGGAGAGCGGCGCUCUGCUUCCCUCCGCUGCCGCUGCCCCUUAUACUCGUCUCCUCCGUCAUCCUCUUCCAGAAUCCAGCGAUCGGCACAAGGAGGGUGACGCGCCGCUCCCGAUCCGGCGCAUCGCCAGGGAGGGCAUCGGGGGCGGGCGGCUCAAAGGAUCGGAGUGUCGGCUGAUACUAUUCUUAUAGAAAGAUCAAAAGAUAACGUGUCCUUCUUCCUGAAGCAAACAGGGAGAAAGAAAUGGGGGGCGGCAGACAUGGGAGACACGAGGGGAGGUAAGAACGAUUCUUUCAUCUCUUUUCUUCCCUCUCUGUGUCAGGCCAAAAAGACCGGUGGGGGUGGCGAGGUGCAGCCCCGCAGGCCACCCUUUUUCGCCGACCAGACCUAACCGGGCCCCAAUACCCACGCAUUAUAUCUCAUCCUUUGUCAUUUGUCCGGUGGAGACCCGCGUGUCUCGAUGGAGCCAGGAAACAGCAGUUUCUUUGCCGACACGGCACCGUGACUCGGGGCUCUUGAGGAGCAUCUCCUUUAUGUGGUGGGGAGACAUGUUCCCUGUCUCGGCCCAGAAAGGGGAGCGGCAGCCUCCACUAUCUCUUGUUGCGUUGGAUGGCGAGGACGGGUCUUUUCAUUAGCAGUAGCGCGCCUUCAUCACAACCGUUCGUUCCUCUUGCGACCGGAUCCCAUGAUCUAUUUAUUAUAUAUUUAAAAUCGCAAGACAAAGGUCUAAUGUGCAGCGACUAUGCAGUGUCCAUAAUAUAUAUGGAAAGAGUAAACUAUUUCGAAUAUUAAAAAAUAAUUAGAACAUGAUUAUUUUAUAAAUAUCUGAUAUAUCUAUAUAUUGAUACAUAGUAGGGAAAAUUUUAUUACCUUAAUCCAAUAUAGCAUAACAUCCAUUGCAAGGCAAAAGAGAAAAUAGUUAUGUAAAUGAACCUUCUACCAGUACAUUAUUUGCUAGUAAAGAGUUAGUUUGAUAACUCAAUUGCUGGCCAUCUAAGUUGCAAAGAAAUAAUUUAUCAUAACAUCAAAACUCAUCCCACUAAGGCACAAAUGUAUUGCAUGUUGCCUUCUAAAUUCUUCUCGACCAAUAUUGCGUAGUUGCUUGUCGUUGUUGUCAUUAUUAUAAGCUCACCAUGAUGGUCUUGUUUCCUUUUUCUUCUAAAAGUGAAUAUAUUAUUUUCUAAUAAUAUUACAAUGUUAACCUAUUACAUUAGAGUAGAACAAAAAACAAAGAUUAGAGGAAUAGUGGGAAGACUCCAUCUUGGCUUUACAAACAUGAGCGUACCAUCAAAAUCCUGAGAUAUGCUAAAGCGGCAAAUUUGAUCCCUGUUCUAUCAUCACCAUGAAGAACAACACAUGAUGAUCACAUGGCUUUGAUUCUUGUUUCAAUUUUCAAGGUUCUAUUGUAAUAAGUGUAUCUAAAAAUUAUCUUGCUGAGUUUUCGGAAGUAGAAAAGAAUGCAGAAAUGUGACGAGUAAUCACACAUACACAAAGUGCCAAUAUCCUCCGUAUCAUGGGACAAAAAGAUAAUUCAGUGGCACAUCCAGAGACUAGCAAAUACUAGAAUCCCAUCCCCACCACCAAAGCGGAGAUAGACAUCAUCAUCUUCCCACAUCAACUCCGGUCACAGAUGGCUACGUCAAUCACACCUCCACAAGGGAAAAACAAAACAAGGGGCUAUACCCACUCUUAAACUAAGCAUCGAAACCGUAGAAGGCAGAAUCUCUUCUUCUCGGAGCUCCUCCAAGCUUUGCCGUCCAUCUUCCUUCCCCACGACAAGAACUUCCUUCCUUGCAGCCUUUCCCAUUCCAAUCAGAUCAUAGGAAGGAAGAAAGCCACCCGCCUCUUCCGCUCUUCGUUUCAUGCUCCGGCCAUGGUUCAGAGAAAGAUCGGGCACCUUUCCUCCCUUGAGCAACGAGGAUCGAGUGCCAAGGAAGGAGGAGAGACCAAGAUGAGGAUGAACAAGGUGACACCGCGGGUCAUGCCGAAUUAUAUGAAGCCCACAACCAGUUCGGACGCCAGGAAGGAGCAGCGGCAGGUGACUCGUGAUCCCACCGCCGCUACUGAUAGGAAAAGAAGCAAGAAGAGUUCGAAUCGGUUGAGCCAGGCAAGUGUUUGUCCGUCUUCUCAAGCCGGGCCGAAACCUGCAAGAGCCUUGAGAAGGAAGCUUAGUUCGAAGCUACUGAGGCUUUCGUCGAAGAGGAACUUCGCAGUUCAUCCGUGUCCCCGGCCGAAGGUGAACAGGGCGACCUGCUCGUCGACUCUCAAGGAUUUGAAGUUUCCGAAGGCUUUGGAGCUUCGCCCUGGAGGCACCGAAGCCGAGGGCACCUCUGUCGCGAAGGUCUGCCCUUACAAGUACUGCUCUCUGAAUGGCCACUGGCAUGCCGAUCUGCCUCCUCUCAAGUGCUUCUUGGCGUCGCGGCGGAAGAUGCUCAAAGCCCAAAAGUGCAUGAAGCAGAAAGGGGUUUCUCCGUUCAGAAGACAGGGCUCGAGGAAGGACUCGAAGCAGAUGGAUACAGGGCAAGCAGCCGUCAAGCUUUCUUCCCUGAUCGAAGAAAUAGGCAGUGAUUACUUCGUCGAGAUCUAUGUGAAGCAGGGUGACAUGGAAUGUUUCAAGCACGAGGAAGAUGGUAAGAGAAAUCUCGAGGAUGUAAUCUUGGAAGGCGAUGUCGACCAAAGCAGUGACCUUUCGGUUGAUGAUUUGGAGGUCUUGAUGAACUUUCUCGAGUAUGAGAGUUGUGAUCAGGAAGAUGGAGCUGCCAAAGAGGAAUUCCCAAGCUCGACUACAGAGGAAUGUUGGGCAAGCGCUGGAACGGGCAAAGACAGCCAGGAUCAUGCAGAGGUUUCCGAGUCCUCCGAGAUCGAAUUGGAGGAAGAUGUGGAUCCAUUUGCUGAUGACAAGAGUUCUUUCUCCGAUGAUGAACUGGGUCCGAUACUAGGAAUGCUAUUCGAGAACGAGGUUUACACUGAUCAGUCCGAGGCAGAGGCGUGCCAUGAAGAAUGCUCGAGAGCACCGGAACCUGAAUCACUGCAGGAGAAUGGCAACGGUGGAUCAGAGGACAGUGCCAUUAAUUCAGAUAAAGCAGUUUCGAUUGAUAUCAAAGAGGCCGAGACAAGUUCGCUGCUACAAGUCCAUGUUCCUUGUGCCGAUCAAGAUGAUGAUAUCGAAGAAGACCAUCAAAUCCAAUCAGAACCAGAAGAAGCUGAGAGCAAUGACCGCAGCACCGAUGACGCUGAGCUUACUCCAAUCACCAUCAGUAAUACUGAAUUCAACAGGUCUAUCGAUGAUGAUGAUGAUGGUGAUCCGAAUGCGAGAACGAAUACCACAAGGAAGAGAACAGACGAGGAGAUGGAGGAGACGAGAGGGUUCAAUCCACGGCCACCCAACUUUCUGCCGGAGGAGCCUGACCCAGAAGCAGAGAAGGUGGAUCUCCGGCACCAGAUGAUGGAUGAAAGAAAGAACUCCGAGGAGUGGAUGAUAGACUAUGCACUCCAGCAGGCAGUGACAAAGCUGGCUCCGGCAAGGCGGCAGAAAGUGGCACUGCUUGUGGAAGCUUUUGAGACAGUGAUUCCACUCUCCGUGUGUGAUAAGCCCCUCAGACAUGCCACCCAAAGCUUCUCCGGUCCAAGGACAAUGCAAGCUUGUAGCUAAUCUGCUAAGAGGUAAGAAGAAUUACUGAUACUUACUUUCUCGAUCAUGUUCAUCCCUUCUGAAACAUGGUGGUGGUCUCAAAUGUGUGCUUGGAGCUGACCUCCUGAUCUAAAUGACAAAGAAGGGUGCUUACAUAACCUUCAGCUCAGAGAGCUUCUCUAGAGCAUUAGUGUAUUCUAAGAAUAAACUGCAGCAAGUAUCUGCAGAUUAAGUAGCACUGAACUGUAGAUAAAGAGUGCCUUAACAUAGAUCACUACCAUCAUGACUGCUCUGGUUUGUUGUUCAUAGGGAAGUUGUAUUGCAUGAAGAACUACUCGUGUAGAAGAUUGAAUGCGUAAGCUACUACUCCAGCUAUUUAUGAGAGUGGUUGUGAAA